CCACCCCUCGCAACUCCUUCAUCAAUCAAGUUGUAUUGAUUUAUAAUAUAUUCAUCAUUUGGUCACCACAAGAUUAGCAUAUUAUUUUCAAGUAUUAAACAUUAACGAUCAUGAAGAUCACCCAAGUGCUGUUCGGCCUCACUCUGGCCUUCCUUCUUGCUGCGGGAGCAAAUGCAGCUAAAGUAACCAUCAAAAGCAACUGUCCUAGAACCAUCUGGCCGGCAACCCUAACCGGCGACAACAAAGCCCAACUGUCCACCACCGGCUUCAAGCUCAGCAAGGGGCAGAGCCGCUCUGUCGUCCUCCCUGCACCGUGGAGCGGCCGGUUCUGGGCCCGAACCCGGUGCUCGACCGACGCCUCCGGCAAGUUCACCUGCAUCACCGGCGACUGCGGCUCCGGCAAGGUCGAGUGCAACGGCAAGAGUGGGGCCCCACCCGCAACUCUCGUCGAGAUCACCAUCGCGAAGAACAGCGGGCAGGACUUCUACGACGUCAGCAACGUCGACGGGUUCAACGUGCCGGUGUCGGUGGUCCCGCAGGGCGGCACCGGGGAUUGUAAGAAAUCUUCUUGUCCGACCAACAGCAUCAACACCGACUGCCAGGCUAAGUUCCAGGUGAAAGACGGCUCCGAAGUGGUUGGGUGCAAGAGUGCGUGCACGGUGUUCAACACCGAUCGGUACUGCUGUAGGAACGCUUACGGCACGGCGAAAACGUGCCCGCCGACGGAUUAUUCUAGAUUCUUCGAGAAGAGGUGCCCGCUGGCUUACAGCUACGCUUAUGAUGAUAAGAACAGCACUUUUACGUGCUUCAGCCGACCGGAUUACCUCAUCACAUUCUGCCCGUGAAGAGGAAACUAAUUAUUAUAUAUACUAAGUUAAAUAAGAGGUUACUAUAAGAAUAAAUGAUUGUACGUACUCAUGAUGUUUUCAUGAGUUUGCUUGUUUGACAUACAUAUUUCUGUUGUCUGUCGAGCAUAUUAUAUACCUCUAACGAAUUUAUAGGGAAUAAUAAAUUGAUAUUGGAAUUUCGAUUUCCAAUUUUCUGAAUUA